CGGCAUGAUCUCCAUCCUUUCAGUCUAGCGGCUUAGCCCGACGAUGCCUACAGCCUACGCCAUCUCUUGCCGGCAGCCUCUAAUCCCUCCCCGCACUGUAUCAUUCUCACACACCCGAGCUGCUGCCUUGGAGUCUCGAUGUCUCUCAGAGUGGAGCUCUCGAGACAUCGCAAGCUGAUGGAGAUGAGCGGCGCAAUCAAGAUGGAUGCCUCAAUUUCCGGCUCGAGCACGGACGAAUCGAGAUGGACGGCGAUGAAUCGAGCUCGAGCACGGCCGAAUCGACUUCAUCGCGCGGCUGAGCGGUGCGGGGAUUCUGGAAGAAGGGCACCCUGCACCUUUCUCCUCUCCCUCUCUUGACGUGCACGCGCCGGGCACGAGCAGGACGGCGAGCUGACGAAAUUUUAGAAGCGAUGGUCCGGCCCAUCUCUGAGACGAGAGAUGGGCCCGAUCGGCCCAAAACUAGCAAUGCUCGGGUUCGGUGGGACGCGGCCUUCCCCACCAAACGGGAAUAAACCCAAUCCAGCACAACAGGUAGCCGCCGCCGCCGCCGCCGUCGCCAGCUCCGCCUCCGCCUCCGCCGCCGCUUUGCCUUGCAGCGAGCAAGUGCCGUACCAACCAUCUCUGCGCCCAUUUUUCCGCCGCACCGCACGUCCGAGUGGAUCAUCGGCGGCUCCGGGAUACGUGCCUCCGUUUCUACUCCAACCAAGGCGGCGGGAGCGGCUGCUCGCAGUCGAGCGGCCGGGUCGGGAUGUUCUGAGCAUCGAAAAAAUUUCGGAUGUGAUGGAUUGAUGGUCUCGUGAAAGACUUACAGGACUACAAAUUGAUUUCAAGCGCUUGCUUUCUUAAUUCUCUUAUGUUCAACGAUGCUCCUCCAUGCUAAGGAGUCACUUAAGAAGAUGUAUCCUGUUGCAAAGAACUACCUUGGAGGGCUGCUCCCAGCACAUUCAUUUUCAGUGUCUGAUCUUGUUUAUCCUUCGAGAUCUUCAAACAGAGCUUCUAGACAUGCUAUUCCAUUCAAGGCUCGUUCGUUUACGAAAUGUUCGCUUGAGAGAUGUUCAGCUGACCAAGAGAUUGUGAUUGCUAUGGGAAGUAAUGUGGGUGAUAGAGUCAGUACAUUCGACAGGGCAUUGCAGCUGAUGAAAAACUCGGGUGUGAGCAUCACUAGGCAUGCCAAUCUCUAUGAGACUGCCCCUGCUUAUGUGACCGAUCAGCCACGGUUUCUUAACUCUGCCAUUCGGGGCACAACUAGGCUCAGUGCGCAUGAGCUUCUUAAAAGGCUAAAGGAAAUUGAGAAGGAUAUAGGCCGCACUAGUGGAAUAAGGUACGGCCCAAGGCCUAUUGAUUUAGACAUACUUCUAUACGGUAACUACGAGAUCAAUAGUGAGACUCUAAUUGUGCCACAUGAGCGCAUCCAUGAGAGACCAUUUGUUUUAGCACCUCUUGUAGACCUGUUAGGUGCAUCCGGUGAUGAUGGUAUCGAAACAAGUUGGCACUCUCUUUCAAAGUGCAGUGGUGGUUUCUUUGAAUUAUGGAAUAAACUUGGAGGUGAAUCUAUAAUUGGAACAGAUUGUAUCAAAAGGGUAUGGCCUGUUGGGAAUCGUUUGUGGGAUUGGUAUGAGAGAACCCUCGUCAUGGGGAUCCUUAAUCUAACACCAGACAGCUUUAGUGAUGGAGGCAAGUUUCAACAAGUGAAGGCUGCCAUUUCUCAGGCUAAGUUAUUAAUCUCAGAAGGUGCAGAUAUAAUUGAUAUUGGUGCUCAAUCUACCAGGCCCUUUGCAAAGAGAUUAUCUCCAAACGAAGAACUUGAGAGAUUGGUUCCUGUUCUGGAUGAGAUUAUGAAAAUUCCCGAGAUGGAGGGCAAGUUGCUCUCGGUGGAUACAUUCUAUGCAGAAGUUGCUAGUGAAGCUGUGAAAAGAGGAGUUCACAUGAUCAAUGAUGUAUCCGGUGGACAGCUUGACCCCAAAAUUCUUAAAGUUGCUGCUGAACUCAGAGUUCCGUAUGUUGCAAUGCACAUGAGGGGAGAUCCAUCAACUAUGCAAAGUGAACAAAAUUUACAUUAUGAUGAUGUCUGCAAGGAAGUUGCUUCUGAGCUAUAUGCGCAGGUGAGAGAAGCUGAGUUAUCUGGGAUUCCAUUGUGGAGGAUAGUUCUAGAUCCAGGCAUUGGGUUCUCCAAGAAAUCCAAACAUAACCUUGAAGUAAUUAUGGGAUUGGAGUCCAUUAGGAAGGAGAUGGGUUCAAUGAGUAUAGGUGCUUCACAUGUGCCAAUAUUACUGGGACCCUCAAGGAAAAGAUUUUUAGGUGAAAUAUGCAAUCGUGCCAAUCCAGUUGAGAGAGAUGUUGCUACUGUUGCAGCUGUGACAGCUGGGAUUUUGAAUGGAGCUAACAUAGUAAGGGUCCAUAAUGCUGGAUAUGGUGCAGAUGCUGCAAAGGUUUGCGAUGCAUUGCAUAAGGGAAGAAGAUGGGAAGAGUAGAUUGAGCCACCUGAUCAAACAGAUACCAAACUCUGAUUUUAUACAAUAAAAUGGUGAUGCAGCAUAGUUACUCUGCUGCUCAAUGGGAUUCUCAUAUUACAUCAUUUCUGGAGUAUCUUGUUGUAAUAAACCAGAGAUGACGUUUUUCUUGUAUGAUCUCCUUUCUAAAUUCUUCAAUGAAGCACGUGUUCGACUCAGAUCAUUUGGAAAGAGUAGUCAAGGAAUAAGGUUACAAAAGCUGCUAGUAAUUUACAGAUUCUUGCGGAUUAUGACAUUUCAGAAUUUAAUUGUUGACAAGUUUGAUUUGUGUGUAUCUUUUCUAGUUCAGACAUAAAUGGUAGGUUGGGGUUAUACCCGGUUCUCCUUGUAUUUUCCACUUUGUUUUCUGGAAUACAUGGGAGAGCUUGGCAUCAUUGUGCUGGAGAGGAGUGUAUUUUGCACUUCGGUAUGGCCCAAUGAGGAAACCUCAUGUUUUGCAAGUGCCGUAUGACAUGCAUAGUUUCAAGACUUGGUCUAUGAUUUGCCUUGGUUUCUGAGGGUUUUAUCAUCCAAUUAUGAAAUAUAAAUAUUUUCCAGAUA